AAGAUGGCGGCUGCGACGGCGGCGGCGGCGGCGGUUCCCCCUUCCCCGCCUUUCCCUGCCGCCCCGCCGCCGGAGGGCUCUUCCCGCCCGGGCUCUUGGCCCAACUUCGCCGUCGUCUGUUCCUUCUUGGAGAGGUACGGCGCCCUCCUCGACCUGCCCGAGCUGCCGUUCCCGGAGCUGGAGCGCGUUUUGCAGCCGCCUCAGGAGCCCGGCGACCAGGUUCCAAGAGAAUUGGUCGAACUGCACCUGAAACUGAUGAGGAAGAUUGGGAAAUCUGUCACAGCAGACCGAUGGGAAAAAUACUUGAUCAAGAUGUGUCAAGACUUCAACAGCACCUGGGCGUGGGAGAUGGAGAAGAAAGGAUACCUUGACAUGAGCACUGAAUGCAAAUUGGGGAUUUUGAAGUACCUUUGCGAAUGCCAGUUUGAUGACAAUCUAAAGUUUAAGAACAUCAUCAACGAGGAAGAUGCCGACGGCAUGCGCCUCCAGCCCCUCGGCCGAGACAAAGAUGGCUUGACCUACUGGUACCAGCUGGACCAAGAGCAUAACGUCAGAAUGUACGUAGAAGAGCAGGACGAUCAAGACGGAUCAUCGUGGAAGUGCAUCGUCAGAAGCCGAAAUGAGCUGGCUGAAACUCUGGAGCUCCUGAAAGCACAAAUUGAUCCCGCGCUGUUGAAAAACCAGGAUAACUCUUCGCAAGAGAGUCCAAGCACUGAAGAUGAAGACGCCAAAAAGAGGGAAGGCACAGCAAUGCCAGAAGGCGAAUUGAAGGUGAAGGAAGAAGAAAAGGAGCUAGCAGAAGGACUGCCACAGCCCUGCGAAAACCUUCCACCUCCUGCCGCUCCGGCAGAGGAAAAAAAGAUCAAAGUAGAGAAAGUGGAAGAGAGAGACAUCAUAAAGCUCCCCGUUAUCGUAAAACUCGAAAAGCCUCCGGAGAACCACGGGGAAGUGCAAACUACCAAAGACGAAAAUGACUCGUUCAAAGAGAACGUGAAGCCGGCUAAAGCGGAAGCGAAAGAGAAUAAGCCGGAGCCGAAAGACUCCAGAGAGAUGAACAGCAAUGCCGAGAGAACGGUCCUUGAGCCCGAGAGGAUCGAGUUCUGCGUCAGCGUCAAAACCCCCCAAGACGUGGUGGAGAGAACAGCGGAAGAGAACGAGAAACUUAAAAACGACCAGCAGGCCAAGAUCCCCCUGAAAAAACGAGAAAUCAAGCUGACCGACGAUUUCGACAGCCCCUUGAAAGCGCCCUUGCGGAAAUGCAUCACGCCGACCAAAGACGUUUCGAAAGAGGAAGGAGGCAAACCAGAGGAGGAGACCUUUAAGAGGGUCCCCACCAUCACCGACGGGAAGUUCCUGGUCAACGGGGAAAUGGGUUGCGAGAAACUCGUGCCCAAUAACCGGUUGGAUCGCUCGCCUUGCCCGAGGGAGGAGACCGCCAUUCUGCCAAAGGAGAAAAACGGGCUUGGAGAGGAACGGAUCCAAGAAGGAGUCAGCACCAUCGUCCGGACCAGCGAUGUCGAGAAAUGCAUUUUGCAUCCUGCGAAGGAGACCACCGUAGGGGUGAUUGUGCCUUUAAGGGAGGAGACCAGCCCCAAAGGGAGCGAAAAACAGCCGGACGCGAAGACGUCGGACGGGGUGGCUGAGGCUCUCUCCAAGGCAGGUGAUCCUCCCAAGAAGCUUGAAGACCCGCUCAGAAUAAACGACAGCGUGAUAUGUUCCAAAGACAGCUCGGAAAAACCCUCCAAGCUACCCUCCUCUAAAGAGUCAGUUCUGGUUUCGGAUGCCGACGAUUUGAAAAAAACAGCUCCUUCAGACGAGAAAACCGCAGGCUCGGCUAGCCCGGAUGCAACACCGUCUUCUGUUUCAGUCCUUUCGUUUAAGAAACCCGCGGUGGAAAAAGAAGGCGCCGAUUCCCAAGUCGCUUUCCCUGAUCAAAGGCAAGCGUGCAAAGAGCAGGAGGCGGAAACGCCCAAGGACUCCGAAUCCCAAGAAGGAGAGCUGCCGACCACGGACAGCCUCCCAAGUGCCGUCAAGGAGCCACCUCCCGAGACGAAGAAAGAAUCUGUAAAAACCAAGUGUAAAUACAAGCUGAUUUCCGAAGAAGAAAGUUCUCUCACCGAGAACAGGGAAUUAACCUCUGAGAGGCAGAAAGACGGGAUUAAGCUAACGAUCCGGAUCUCCAGCCGGAAAAAAACCGACCCGCUCCCUGCCAAGUCUUUGAACGCAGCCGGCGGGAAGGAGGAGGAGGUGGUGAGCGUCGGUCGCAUUUUAAGGCGGUCCCCCCGGAUAUCUAAACCGACCCCCAAGGUCGUCGAGACCCGAGAUCAGAAAUCCGAGAAGAAACGAAGCGAGGAAGAGGACGAAAAAGUGGCCUCCGUGCAAAAGCAGGAGAAGAAAGAAGAUUCGAAAAAGCCAGAGAAGGAGACGAACUCUAAAACCCACAAGGCUUCCCGGCGAAGUAAAGUCCGAUGGGCUGGCACCCGAACGCGUGGCCGUUGGAGAUACUCGAGCAAUGAUGAUAGUGAAGGUUCUGAGCACGAAGAGGGGGAAGAGGAGGAGGAAGAAGAGGAGGAGGAGGAAGAGGAGGAGGAAGAACCAGCUCCUGCGGAUGAUGACGAACCAUGCAAGAAGUGUGGCCUUCCUAAUCACCCAGAGCUGAUUCUUUUGUGCGAUUCCUGUGACAGUGGCUACCACACGGCGUGUCUUCGGCCUCCGCUGAUGAUCAUUCCAGAUGGCGAGUGGUUCUGCCCACCUUGUCAACAUAAAUUGCUCUGUGAGAAGUUAGAAGAACAGCUGCAGGACCUGGACGUGGUGUUGAAAAAGAAAGAGCGUGCAGAACGAAGGAAGGAACGUCUUGUCUACGUGGGCAUUAGCAUCGAGAACAUCAUUCCUCCGCGGGAGCCUGAAAUUCCUGAGCCUGUGGAUGAAAAGAAGAAAGACUCCAAAAAAUCGAAGGCAAAGCUGCUUGAAAGGAGGUCGACCAGGCAGCGGAAGUGUAUCAGCUACAGGUUUGACGAGUUUGAUGAGGCCAUUGAUGAAGCCAUAGAAGAUGACAUCAAGGAGGCUGAUGGAGGAGGUGUCGGGAGAGGGAAGGACAUGUCUAACAUCACGGGGCAUCGAGGGAAGGACAUCUCCACCAUCCUGGAGGAAGAAAGGAAGGAGAGCAAACGGCCCCCCAGAGCUGCUGCCCUCCGACGCAAGAAACGGCGGCGACUGAACGACCUGGAUAGUGACAGCAACCUGGAUGAAGAAGAGAGCGAGGAUGAAUUCAGAAUCAGUGAAGGAUCUCAGGAUGAGUUUGUGAUAUCGGACGAAAACCUGGACGAAAGCGAAGAGGAUCAGCCGUCGAACGACGACAGCGACGUGGACUUCUCCAAGCGCAGGCCGAGACGGCACCACCCUCGGCCAAUGAGGCAAAGCAGGCGCCUCCAGAGGAAAACGAUCAAGAAAAGGUACUCGGAAGAUGAUGAAGAGGAAGACUCCGAGGAUAACAUAAGUGGGGACUCCGAAACCGAUGGUUCUUCCGAAUACAGCGAUGAGGAUUGUUUGGAAACAAGGCGAAGGUCUCGGCGGAAUCAGAAGCGACAAGUCAACUACAAGGAAGAUUCGGAAAGCGAGGGGUCUCAAAAAAGCUUCCGAUACGGGAAAGAGAUGAGGAGAAUACAUAAGCGCAGGCUUUCCAGCUCAGACAGUGAAGAGAGCUACCUGGCUAAACAUUCGGAGGACGACCAGCCGGCUAGGUUGUCCAAGCGGUCGGUCCGGAAACGGAGCCACACCACCGACGAGUACUCGGAAGGCGAGGACGACCCCGAGGAGGAAGGCCGGCCCGUUCGCAAGCGUUUGAACCGCAUCGAAACGGACGAGGAAGACAACUACCCCGAAGCCGGAAAGCCGCCGUCACUGCUGGCCGAGAAACCCUCGGCCUCUCCCGCUCCUCAAGACCCCGUCAAGAAAUCCAGCUACCGGAUAGAAAGCGACGAGGAGGAUGACUUUGACAAUGUGAGUAAGGUGGAGAGCCCGUUGGACUACAGCCUGGUGGAUUUGCCCUCCACCAACGGACAGAGCCCCGGGAAGGCCAUCGAGAACUUGAUCGGUAAGCCCACCGAGAAAGCCCACUCGACCAAGGACAGCACAGCCAAUGCCACUUUGGCACCCAACGGGACGGGGGGCGGCUUGGAGGCUGGCGGACCAGAGGAAGACGAAGACGAACUCUUGCGAGUGACUGACCUUGUGGAUUACGUCUGUAACAGCGAACAGUUAUAAGAACUCCCGUUUUUUUUUGUGCUAAUUUAUUCCAUGGUAGCUCAUACCAGCGGGCCAGUUAUUAAAAAAAAAAAAAGGUGUUUUAUUUUUCCUAGGAAACUCCACUACAGUAUCAACUUUUUAAGCAGUCGAAAUUUCAACCAGCCCUGCCAUUUUGGGGUACUACAUAUAUAUUUUUUUUAGUUGGUUUGUUUGAUUUUUUGAUCCUCUUCCUGCCUCCUCUCCUUCCCAACCCGAGCGACCGUAUUUUCUUCGCCUUUUUUAUUUCCUACAACUAUUUUUCUUUCGACCCGUCACUUUCCCCUCGCCGCCUCCUCCUCCUCCUCCUCCUCCUCCUCCUCCUCCUCCAGUUCCAUAAUCCUGACAAACACACACGCACACACACACGCACACACAAACCCCCCAAUCGUCCAGAUGCAGAGCUUGUAGUUAAAAAAAAAAAAAAAAGGAGAGAAUUGUAUAUUUUUGACUCUAUAUUUCCUGAGGGGGUGGGGUGGGGCGGGGCACACCGAGUUGUUAGGGGAAAACGUUAUGGCUGUACGUAACAAAAGCAUUCCAAUUUGGCCAGGGCCCAAAAAUCUUACAAACUUUGGGGAGGGGAGGGGGGAUGUGGGGGGGGGAAGGAGCGAGGCACAAGCACUUGUGCUCCGCCUUUUUCUUUUCAUAGGAGAUAUAUAUUCUAUUUAAAUGUUCACAACUUAGACGACAAUUUUAACAUGCCAUUUUAAGGGGACGAAGAAGAAACCAAUUAUCUUUUAACUGUUGCAUUUUUGUGAACUUGUAGGCUAACUUAACCUUAGUUGAUUUUAGUAAAUUGCCUUCCUGGAAAAUAAAAAAAAAAAAAGAGAGAGAGAGAAAGAAAGAAAGAAAGGAAAAGAAAGAAAGAAAGCAACUGUUGACAAGAUCCGGAAUAUUAUUUAGCAGAAUGGACAAAUUUGGAGGAAAUUUCACGGGAAAAAACAAAAACAAAACGAGACGUUUUUUCUUGGCAUCGUCUUUUAAUUCAUGGUCUCCCCUUUCUCCCCCCAAUAAACAUAUUUUAAAAGUGUUUCAUACAGUA